CGUUUGUCCAUGAGGUGGCCAAGGGUACUUCUUUUGUUCUCUUGCUGCGGGGUUCUGGAAAAGCCUCUCUCGGCGCCCACACUCGUGUGGCGCUGCAGGAACCGGGCUCUUCGAAUGCAGUACCCCCAACCAGCCGCAUUGGGAAACUGUAAAGCCGGGUAGUUUCUUUUCGACGCGAAGAGCAAGCAAACAAGCAAGCGCACCCUGUAAAUAAGGGUGCAAACGCAUGCACGGUUAGACUUUCAAACAUUCCUUCAGUUCUGAGGAAUGCUGGGAGUUGUAGAAAUGCUUUGGUUUGCUUGUUUGGCUGUCAGCGUACACAGGUGCCGUAGGGAGCAAUCCUAUCACCCAUAGAUGCUGUCUGAGGAGCCAUAGUGCUGGAGGAUUAUGCCCUAUGAGGUCAGCCCUCUGACAUCGGAAGGGGGGGUUGCAGAUUUGAUUCCCUUUGCAGCUGGAACAUCACCUGCUGACCUCCAAGGAUCCCGUGGAAUCGGUCAGGCUGUUGCCCAACUGCUGGCUCAGAAAGGAUAUUGCCUAGCUGUUGUUGCAAGAAAUUUGGACUUAGCUCAGUCUACUGCAAAAAGCUUGGGAGGUCAUUUAGCAUUUAGUUGUGAUGUUGCCAAAGAAGAAGACAUCCAGAAUACGUUUAAUGAAAUUGAGAAGAGUUUAGGUCAUAUACAGUAUCUUGUUAAUGCUGCAGGUAUUAGCAGGGAUGGCUUGUUGUUGCGAACCAAGACUGAUGAUAUGGCAUACCACCUGCAGACCAAUCUUUUGGGAACAAUGUUGACUUGCAAAGCUGCUGUGAAGAGUAUGAUUCAACUGCAGGGUGGUGCUAUUGUUAACAUAGGAAGUAUUGUUGGAUUGAAAGGCAAUUCUGGGCAGAGUGCAUAUAGUGCCAGCAAAGCAGGUCUGGUUGGAUUUUCACGCUCUCUUGCUAAAGAAGUUGCAAGAAAGAACAUUCGAGUUAAUAUGGUUGCUCCAGGCUUCAUUCAUACAAAUAUGACAGCACAUCUGAAGGAAGAACAGUGGAAGAAAACUAUUCCCCUUGGAAGAUUUGGGGAGCCUUGUGAAGUUGCCAGAGCGGUUGUAUUUCUCCUAGAGUCUCCUUAUGUAACAGGCCAUGUUCUAGCUGUAGAUGGAGGUUUGCAACUUCUCUUUUAAAACUGUGAAAGAUAGUCUUGUUUUAUGGAAACAGCCAAGAAGUGAACUGGGAUGAUACCUGUUUUGCAGCAUUUUAAAUCUGUAUGUAGCCUUGAGCCAUUUUCAUUGUUGAAGACAGCACAUUUUUAUUGUAAAUCUUCAGAAAAAAGCCUCCCUCAUAUCUAUAAGCAUGUAUCAGACCUUUGAAUCAAGUUUUCUCAUUUUAUGUCAUGCAUCAAAAUUUGAUUACCUGCAUCAAUAAUACAGUUGUCUGUUUAGAUUUGUAAGCUGAAUUGGUAGAAACACAAAGAUAACAGAAAAAUACACAAAGCAAAAAAAAAAAAAAAAAAAAAAAAUUCAGGCCUGCUAUAACUCUGGGAAUGUAGUCUCGAAACACUGAAUUUAUAUGAAAAGUUGAUUUUCACAUAGGCUUGAUCCAACAGGAAUAAGAGAAGUAAGUUUAGUGUUUGGAAAAUGAUAUGUAUGUGGCUGGAAUGAAUGCCCCUUGACAUUAUCAGGAGUUUUAGUUCAUGAACAGAUCUUCUUUUCACCUCUUGAGGUCAGUAUAACUUAAGGGAUAGUGGUUCAUCAAGACAAGUUUCAUAGAAUGGGUGUGGCGUUUCAUAUUGUAAUACAUUUAGUGUCAUCUAUCUUCAAUUUAUUUUUGAUUUGAAUUUUCAGAAUUAAUACAUGCUGUUAGGCCCCAUGUUUUCAUUGCCUUUCGUGAAACUGAAAGAUAAUUUAAAAAUCCAGAUUUUAAAUAAUGACAUUGUAUUAUUUGUCUAUGUAAACAUGUAUUCACAUGGUACUUGAUGAGAUUUAGAAAGCAACUUUCCCACACAUGGCUUGAAAACAAAUGUUUCUUUCUUUAUAUCAAGAUAUUUAAUGAAGUUUAAAUGAUGGUGCUGAAUUCAAGGGACAUAAGAUCUCUUAACUUCAGGUUGCAGUAUGGUGAAAACAUUGGUAUGACCGUAUGACACAAUCAGAGUUGUAAGUAUGAUCCAACCAAAUUAAGCUAGUUGAAAUCCCAUUGAUCAAAAUGGGAAAAUUUUAAGUAUGAAAUGAAUGGGUCUUGGGUGUUUAGCUUUGUUUGACUUGUGCAACCCAAAUAUUCAAAUAAAGUUGAAUCCAAAGA